CGCAAUGCUGUCGCAAAUUUAUUCGAGGAAAAUUAUCCAACACGUGGCAGCCGGUGCAAGAAACUUUUACAGGAACUCAUACGAUUCAAAUCAAGAUGCAACGGAAGUUGAAAUCCCCGUACCGUGGGGCAAGAUAGCUGUUGAUGUUCACUGAUCUAACCUCAAAAACCCAUUUCAUCAUGGUUAUGUUCAAGAAAACGCAUUCGUAUCGUAACUGUCGUCUGUACAAAUAAUGACACUUGACCGUGACCGAAUGGAUGGAGCUUAAAAAUUUGGAUAGAUACAUCAUUUAUUUGGACUGUAAAUGGUGGGGGCCAAAAGACCGGCAGCCAAUUUUGGCGUUUCACGGAUGGCAGGAUAAUGCAGCAACGUUCGAUACGUUGAUCCCGUUCCUACCCAAGGGAACUUCUGUACUUGCAAUGGAUAUGCCCGGCCAUGGAUAUUCAUCCUGGUUACCAGCUGGAAUACCAUAUUCAUUGAUGAACACUGUCCUACUAGUUAAAAGGAUAGUCAAAUAUUACGAUUGGAGGAAAGUGAAAUUCAUGGGUCAUUCGAUGGGCAGCAUGGUCGUGUUUUUAUACGCAUCGUAUUUCCCUCAAGAAAUGGACUUUGGCAUCGGUAUCGACCUCGUGAAGCCACCCUCUAUAGAUGUCAAUAAAUAUUCCAAAAUAAUCGCCGAGCAUGCAGAAAAUAUCCUUAGAAUAGAGGCUAGGACAACGGAUCCACCCACUUACGGUGAUGAAGAAAUUAUGCACAAAUGGAUAAAGGGAACACAAUAUUCUUUGGACGAGGCUGCUUGCAGGCUGCUCAUGAAACGAGGAGUUAAAGAAGUUGGAAAGGGCGAAUUUAUAUUCAGUAAAGAUCCAAGGCUGAUCACAUAUACUUCUUUUGACUCAGGCUACACCCAUGACCACAUCUUAAAGCUAGCCGAACAAAUCACUUGUCCAUACAGGCUGAUUAAAGCUUCGGAUUCACCUUUUUAUCAGGAUAAGAACCUGGUUCUCGAAACUGUUGAGAAAAUGAGUAUAAAUAGUUCAGACUUUGCCUAUACCGUAGUGCCUGGUAAACACCAUUUACAUUUAACACAUCCUGAAAGAGUGACCGAAAUACUCAAUCCAUUUUUAGAAAAGCACAAUAAAUAGGGUUUGUCAGAAUGUCCUAAUGUAUAUACAGACUAUAGAUGUAAAUUAUUUUCAUUGUGAAAAUCUAGAUAAAUCUAUUCUACUUUCAUUUGGGUAAUUAACUAGCAUAAAUGUACUUCCAUUAAUACUACAUUGGAUGCGGUACACACUUGAAGAAAUGUGAUGCUUGUUGAGAAAUUUAGAAUUGUCAAUGGAUGAAGUAAGUAUUCCAAUGACCCGCUAUUUCCUUUAUAACAAAGAAUUCUGAGUAAGAUUAGGGAAUACGAUUUCACGUUUUCGUUUAAAAAUAAUUCGAUAUUCAAAUGCAUGUAAUGGCAGGCGGUCAAGAAGGGAUGUGUAACAUCGCCUCAUAGUUUGUCGUUAUAACACAAUGUGUACAUAAUAUAUAGAACGAUACACCGUACUCUGUAAAUUACCCAAAAUCCAUAUGUAUUAUAGUAAAUUAAAUUAUUUCCCA